AUGAAUAAACAUCGUACAUCAUGUUUUCAUCGUCAUAAUAAUGACAGUGUUCGUUCAUCUGAUUGUUCUCAACAAGUUGAUGAUUCACAUUUAUUAAUCAAUAAUCAACCAGAAUAUCAUCAUCAUUAUUAUCGAAAUAAUCAUAAUAGUGGUGUAAUUCAAUCUGAUAAAGUGAUUAAAUCAACAAGUACAGCUGCUUUUCGAAAACGACGUACAAUAAUACCUUCUAAUCAUCAACGAUUACAAUCUUUAUUAUUUUCAACUCUUCUUAUUCUAAUUCGUUUAUUGAUAUUAUUAAUCAUUGGUUUUAUACUUUAUUAUGUUUUUAUUUAUAUUUAUCCAAGACCAAAAAAAAAUGGAUGGGAACGAAUUUGGUAUACAAUGAUUGAUUGGCUUUCUGAAGAAUAA